GCGCUAACCCCGCAGAAAACCAACAAAAAGAUCGCUGCCGGGGGGAAACUGCUGCUGGCUGUCAUCGUAACACAAAACCCAAAAACUCCUCUCCCAAAAGUGCAUGUGUUUGUUGCGAUUUUGAGUCCUCACAGAGGGAAGUGUCUGGAAAAAUCUCGAAUCCGCAUCUGCAAGUGACUAAACCCGUUUCGUCGAAAUAGCUGAAAUAAAACAAAACUGGCCGUUUCCACAUCUUGUUCCUCCUGACCGCCGUAAGUUUGUUCCAACUCCAUAAAAGGAAGUAAAUUUUUGACUGCCCAGCAGCAACGAUGUCGUCUGCCUUGGUGAAUUGUUACAACCGGGGAUGCGGACAAAAGUUCGAUCCCACCAACAACACCGAAGAUACCUGCAUCCACCAUCCGGGUGUUCCAUUUUUCCACGAUGCCUACAAGGGUUGGACCUGUUGCAACAAGAAGAGCGUCGAUUUCACCGAGUUCCUGAAUAUCAAGGGUUGCACACAGGCCAAACACUCGAACCAGAAACCGCCGGAACCGGAAAAGCCCAAACAGGACCUGAUCAUGGACGAGGAGCCUCCGGUUCCGAAAAUCCCCGAACCGAUCAAGUCAACGCUUCAGCGGCCUCCCUGGGAAAGUCCCAUGACCACAAUGGAACCGAUCGUAGCUCCAGCUUUCAAAAAGCAAAUCGACGAACUCCCUGUUGGUCCCGAUGCGGCCAAAAAACAGGCCACUGAUCCGACAGAAAUUAAGCCCGGCACGGCGUGCAAAAACGGAGGCUGCACGUAUUCGUACGAAGGAACCAAAAGCGAUUCCAAACCGUGCGUGUAUCAUCCAGGAGUGCCGGUUUUCCACGAGGGCCUUAAGUUCUGGUCCUGCUGCCAGAGGCGAACGUCCGACUUUACGGCCUUCAUGAACCAAGCGGGUUGCGAAACCGGCAAUCACAAGUGGACCAUGGACGAAGAGGAAUCCAAGGCGGUCAAAUGUCGAAUGGAUUGGCACCAGACGGCCACGCAGGUCGUGGUCACGGUCUACGCCAAAAUGUACCACUACCAGCGAAGCGUCGUCCGGUUGAAUCCGAUUCGGCUGUCCAUGUGUUUGGUGUUCCCCCAGCAGAACAACCACGAGUACAACGUCGAUCUGGAACUGCGGGGUGUGGUCGAUGUGGCCAAAUCAAAGGUACAAAUGUUCGGCACCAAGGUGGAGGUGACCCUCAUCAAGGCCGAACCGGGCAGCUGGGCCAAACUGGACUUCCCCCGGGAGAAGAAAGCCACGGCCACGGAGAUUCAGCGGCAACUGCAGGAACAACAGCAGAAGGCCGCUGCCGAGCAGGAAGACGGUGGCGACGAUUCCGACGUGGACCUGAAUGACAUUGAACCGACUUUCCGUAUGGCCAGCCUCAAAGAGGUCAAAUAGUAACCUACCUAAUAAUUGUACUGUAGUUAGCGCUCGGUUCGGCAAAUGGUCUCAAAGGCGCCCGGCCGCGAAUAAAACUUGCUGAUGUUGUAA